CGGGCGCGAGGAGGCCGGAAGUUGCGGGCGGCUCUGCGCGUGGUUGCGAUGUCGGCCGGCGGGUCUGUGGAGCCGGGGCCCCCGGGGGCUGCGGCCGCGCCCUCGCCCGCCUCGGCCCCGGCGCGCGUGUUCCGGCCCCUCAGCGCCGAGGACGAGGGCCAGCAGCCCACGGAGAUCGAGUCGCUGUGCAUGAACUGCUACCGCGACGGCGUGACGCGCCUGCUGCUCACCACCAUCCCCUUCUUCAGGGAGGUGAUCGUCAGCUCCUUCUCCUGCGAGCACUGCGGCUGGAGCAACACGGAGGUCCAGUCGGCGGGCCGGAUCCAGGACCAGGGCGUGCGCUACACCCUGACGGUGCGGGCGGCGGAGGACAUGAACCGAGAAGUAGUGAAGACGGACUCUGCCACCACAAGGAUUCCCGAGUUGGAUUUUGAAAUUCCUGCCUUCAGCCAGAAGGGAGCUUUGACCACUGUGGAGGGAUUGAUCAGCCGAGCUAUCGCUGGCCUGGAGCAGGAUCAGCCCACUCGAAGGGCAAAUGAAGAAGCCGUAGCUGACAGACUGGAUGAGUUCAUUGUCAGACUGAAAGAGCUAAGGCAGGUGGCCUCUCCUUUCACCCUGAUCAUUGAUGACCCCUCAGGGAACAGCUUCGUGGAAAACCCACAUGCUCCCCAGAAAGAUGAUGCCCUGGUGAUCACACAUUAUAACCGGACUCCGCAGCAGGAGGAGAUGCUGGGGCUCCAGGCCGAGGCACCAGAAGAGAAGCCGCAAGAGGAAGAUCUCAGAAACGAAGUGCUGCAGUUCAAUACCAACUGCCCGGAAUGCAAUGCUCCAGCUCAGACAAACAUGAAGCUAGUUCAAAUCCCCCACUUUAAGGAGGUUAUCAUCAUGGCUACCAAUUGCGAGUACUGCGGUCAUCGGACCAAUGAGGUGAAGGCUGGAGGAGCAGUGGAGCCCUUGGGCACCAGGAUCACUCUCCGUAUUACAGAUCCCUCAGAUAUGACCAGAGACCUUCUCAAGUCUGAGACGUGCAGUGUGGAAAUCCCAGAACUGGAAUUUGAGUUGGGAAUGGCUAUCUUUGGGGGCAAGUUCACCACCCUGGAGGGGCUGCUGAAGGACAUCCGGGACCUGGUGAUCAAGAACCCUUUCACGCUGGGUGACAGUUCCAAUCCUGGCAAGAUGGGCAAACUGCAGGAGUUUACCCAGAAGUUGGACCAGAUCAUGGAGGGUAAAAUGAAGGCCCACUUUAUUAUGAAUGACCCAGCAGGAAACAGCUACUUGCAGAAUGUGUAUGCACCUGAAGAUGAUCCGGAGAUGAAGGUGGAACAUUAUAAGCGCACGUUUGACCAAAAUGAGGAGCUAGGGCUCAAUGACAUGAGGACGGAGGGCUAUGAGACAGGCGCUGCCCCGCGGUAGCAGUGGACUGUUUCCCAGCCAGCCUCCUGUACUGCUCAGACCACAGGCUUAUUUACUCCUAUUGGACAAGCAAGGACCCCCCCACCUGCUCCUGCGAAUCAAAGACCCUGGCACACUUUUUAAAGUGUGUGGUGCAAAGUUGGGUUAUUUGACCUUAUUUUGGAGUCAGCUUGGGAGGAGACCUGGAAGCGAACUAUGAGGAAUGCCACUGUCACUUUUUCCCACAAGUCUUCACCUCUGUCCACACCAUACUGUCCUCUGGAGCUGCAACUCUGAAGUUGAAGAAGGUGGGAGACAGCUGCAGCUGGAGUCUAGGUGUUGGUUCUGAGUGUACAAAAUACUGACUUUCCACACGAAGGGAGUCUUCCGAGGGAGGGAGUUCUCAUUAAAGUGAUGGCUGUCAAACGGCACUGGCCUGGAAUUCACUCUCCUUAAUUGAUAACACUGGUAGACUCAACCUCCUGAAGAAAAUGUUCUCCAAUGUGGCCACUGUAAUUUGGAGAUUGGAGCUGCCAUUUCAUUCAUUCCUUCACAGGUGUGUGAGUGCCCACUUCGUGCCAGGCACACACUGACCAGUGAACAAAACAAAGCGCUGCUUUUGAGAAACUUGAAGUCUAGUGGGGAAAUUGACAUUGGGGGAGGGGCAUAUUGGUAAUAAACGGAUUAGUAAAACAGUA